GACUGCUGCGUAAUCAUUCAUAAUUACUCAAAAUUAUUGCAAAUUGAGUCAAAAAAAUAUUUUGCUUUUCCAUCUAUAACUGUGAAAGGUUACACAUUGCACUAUACUCGUGAAGAAGUUAUUGAAGAAGAGACAUCAUUUUCAACAAUGCAAUUAUCAUCAUUCGUCAUU